CUGCCUUAUCUAAUCUUUCUUUGUCUUUUAAAAGUUCUGUUCCAAUAGGUAUAGAAACCAAUAAAAUUUGAGAAUUUUUCGGCUUUUGUCAUCGAAACAAGAAUAAAAGGGAAACUUUUCCCUUAUUUUUUCUCGUUUUCUCGGACUUCACUUUGUUUUUCUUCUUCAGUUGGCGUGAAAUUUGGGUUUGUUAAAAGAAAAGAAACUUGUUUUGGUAGGUUUUGCGUAACUGGUUUUUGGAUUUAACUUGAAGAAUUAAACGUUGAAUGGUCGUAGCGUUUUCCAAAAAGAAAAAACAAAACCAUUUCCUUAUUUUUUUUUAUUAUCAAAACUAGAGAAAGCUUCAAUAUUCAACAAAAAAUUUUCCAACUACCAACAAAGACUAGGUUGAAUCCAGAUUUGUAUUUAUUUCAAUUUUUUUUUAAUUUAGUUUUCUUUCUCUCCAUUUUCUGUUUCCUUAAAUUUAGCUUAUUCAAGCAUUUUUUUUCAUUUAUUUAACGAAAUCGCGAUAAUCUCUCUCUUCCUCUAUCCCCCAUUGUUCUUUUCUUUUGUCUUCUUCAACUUGCCUUCUGUUUUCCCUUGUUUUUUUGAGUUAGAGAGAAACCCCUUAAUCUCUCUCUCUCCGAAAUCAUGAUUUUCGACUCUGGGUCAACGCAAUCGAACCUCGAUUGUUUCCUCCAUUGCACCACGCCUACUAUCAAAUCUCAUUUCCUCUGCAAGAGCGAGAUUAGGAACCUUAAUCGUUUAUGGCACCCUUGGGAAAGAGAAAAAGUUGAAUAUUUCACGUUGGGUGAUCUUUGGAAUUGUUACGACGAGUGGAGUGCGUACGGUGCCGGGGUUCCCGUCGGUUUGAACAGCAACGAAACCUUGGUUCAAUACUAUGUCCCUUACCUCUCUGCAAUCCAAAUAUUCACCAGCAGUAGAGAAGAAACGGAAUCAGGCGAUGGCGAGAGGGAUUCUAUUAGUGAUUCUUAUAGUGAUGAAAGCGAGUUAUGGAGAUGGGACGGUUGUUCAUCGGAGGAAGGUGGCUCCGAUCAAGACAGCCUUUGGCAUGUCAAUAAUAGAUUGGGUUACCUUUAUUUUCAAUAUUUCGAAAGAACUACACCUUAUGGAAGGGUUCCACUCAUGGAUAAGAUUAAUGGAUUAUCAAGAAGAUACCCUGGUUUGAUCUCAUUGAGGAGUGUAGAUCUUUCUCCAGCUAGUUGGAUGGCGGUUGCCUGGUACCCAAUUUAUCAUAUUCCAAUGGGAAGGACCAUAAAAGACUUGUCUACAUGCUUCCUUACUUACCACACUUUAUCAUCUUCUUUCCAAGAUAUGAAUCCUGAAGAUAACAUUGAAAAUCCUAAAAAGAAACGAAACGAAGGGGACGAUAUAUCACUUUUGCCAUUUGGUUUAGCCACUUACAAGAUGCAAGGCGACGUGUGGGUGUCAGGCAGUUGCGGCCAAGACCUAGAGCGACUAAUGUCGCUUUUGAGUGUGGCUGAUUCAUGGCUCAAGCAACUUAGGGUCGAACACCAUGACUUCAAUUAUUUCACCGGAAUUCGACGUGGCUAAAACAUAAAUUUACUUUACAAGUAAAUUUUCUUCGUGAAACCAAUCCCAUGGAUUAAAGUGACUGAUCACUAAUUACCAAAAAAAAAAAUACAAAAACAAAAAAAAGAGAGAAAAAACCAAAAAAAAAAAAGAGAGAGAAACCUAAGUACGGUUUUAUUCUGGUUUUGUGCUUUGUGAAGUAAUAGGGGGACCUUUAAACCUCAUGAGCAUUUGUGGUUGGCACUUAAUAUCGAGAACCCUUUUCGAAAUGGUCCAACCUGAGGCCAACCAUUACAAGAUUACAGCAAGUGGAGCUGUUUUUAAGCCUGUUUUCGGGCUUAUUGUUGUAAACAAAUGGGUUAGUGAGGCUCUUUGGGAACCUGUUUUUGGAUUCUUUUUCACCAUUAUAGAGCCAAUGAGAGAUUUGGAAAAAAUUGAUGAUAGCCUCCACAGUUUGACAAUAUUUUCUUUAUCCCUAUAGCAAAAAUACUCAAUCACUCAUUUCUUAA